AUGACAUUUUCAUUUUCGAACACAGCACAGCACUGUUUUUUUCAGUUUCAGUUCAGUUUUUUCAGUUGAAUAUUACAUUUCACCUGCAUUACACCUGCGUCGGUGCAAGUACUUGCAACAUUAAACUAACUUGCAUUCACAAAGCCUUUGUGGCUCGGUUUAUUCUCAGUGAAACUUACGUAUAAUGGGUGCUGAAGUUAACUAAAAACAUUACCAGUAAAAUCGCUUCAAAACACUUGUUGAAUCGGUAAAUAAAUCAAGUGCAAUGAACAAAACAUCGGUAAUAAUGGCUACCGGCUCCCUCAAUCAAUACAUUCAGUACGUGGAGAGGGUGUAUCGUACUGGCCAGGGCAAUGUGCUGGCGCGCCUGCUGUCGCUUCGAGAUGAUCAUGUCAGGAACAAGAACCUCCGCUCGAGCGACAUCGCCUCGCUGGUGGAAGGCAACUGCAUCGCGCCGCUCGACGAGAUCAUCAUUGCACAUCUGCUAACUGUUGAGGCACUGCUCAUCGAUGACUAUGCCUCAGCCAACUCGCACCAGAGUGCGUGCGUGGCCUCCGUGGUGAAGCUGCUGCAGUCCCAGAAGGAGGAGAACUGGGGCCUCCCGCUGCUGUACACCGUCAGCCUCGACCUGCGCUAUGUGGCGCAGCGGGCCGAGCAUCGGGACCCUCAAAGCAAUGGCAAGAUCUUGGAGAAGGCAGCCGAGAGCCUCCUCGCCUGCUUCCGAGUGUGCGCCGCCGACAACCGCUCCUCCGAGGAAGAUACCAAGCGCAUCGGUAUGUUGAACCUUGUCAACCAGCUCCUUAAGGUCUACUUCAAAAUAAACAAGCUGCAUCUCUGCAAGCCUCUCAUCAGGGCCAUAGAGUCAUCGCCAUUCAGGGACCAAUUCCCGUUGGCUCAAAAGAUCACGUUCAAAUACUUCGUUGGUCGCAAGGCGAUGUUUGACUCUGAUUAUAAAUCAGCUGAUGAGUUCCUGUCUUAUGCGUUCCAACUCUGCCACAAGGACAGCUGGAAGAACAAGCGCCAGAUUCUGACCUACCUGGUGCCAGUCAAGAUGCUUCUAGGCUACAUGCCUACUAUGGCUUUGCUGGAGAAAUACGAUCUGAUGCAGUUCUGGGAGCUUGUCCAAGCGGUGAAGUCUGGUAACUUGAGGGACAUAGACCGCGUUAUGGAAGAACACGAGCGGUUCUUUAUUAAAGCCGGAAUAUACCUUAUUGUUGAGAAGCUGAAGAUUACAGCUUACCGUAAUUUGUUUAAGCUGGUGUACAUGGCGGAGAAAUCGCAUCAAAUUGAGAUACUGUCAUUCCAAGCGGCUCUGCACAUGAUGGGGCAAAUUGACAUAGAUGCAGAUGAGACCCAGUGCAUUGUUGCCAACCUGAUAUACGAUGGCAAGAUUAAAGGGUACAUCUCGUACCAACAUAAGAAAGUGGUGGUCAGCAAGCAAAACGCAUUCCCGCCAUUGGCUUCUUUGUAUUAAGUUUUAGAUUUUUAAAUGUUUCGGCUUUUGAGUCAAUGCAACAGUUAGUGUGUAAGUCUCUUUGUAAUAGUCGGUAAAUAAUCGUAAACAAUUGACGGUUUAACUUUUUUAUUAAAUCCACAAUAUAUUUCAAAGAAUAAUAUAAACAUUACAAAUAUGUUACUGAUUUACUAACACAUGUAGCAGUUUGGAGCUAAAAUAUUAUAAUAUGUUUUUAAUAAUAGUUGAUGUUUUAAGUUGGCAAUCUAAUAGAUACAUGAAAGUCAUGUUCUGAGUAAAUAUUAUUUAUAUAUAACAUUUUCUCCUUAAAUUGUAAUUUAUUUAUAUAAAUAGGUAUCUGUAUGUUUAGAAGAUUAAUAAAAUAGCUGCUUUCGUGCAGUCACAUGUUGUUUUUAUAUCUCAUUCUUAUAUAUUCUGGUCCUUUUAGACAUGUAGCAUAAUUGUCUUUCCUUUCAUCAUAUGAAGCAGAUAUGUUUGAAUUUACUUGAUAUGGCGGUACCGCGCUGGCUUUCAUUUAAAGUCCACCUUUCGUACGUAACGGACGCAUCACAUUCAGUAUUCUUUGCAUAGAAAUUCACACAAGUGUGUCUACUUCAUCGGCAUUGCCGAAGCCGUUUCUACAUUAAUUAAUGACAAUCCUUUUGAUGCGAUACGUACGAUAUAUACCGAGAGGUGGACUCUUACCCUUACAGUAUAAUAUAUUCUUCAGGAAGACUGUAUUCUCAACAUGUAACUGCUAUGGUAACAAUUUGCCAGUGGUGUUCCUUCUUUCCCUUUGUACUAAUACGAUAUGAAGGAGUGUUGCCGAGCAAACCUAGCCUUUAUCGUGUAGCCAUAAAGACACUCGUGGUUGAAAGCUGUAGUUUUUUUAAAGUAUUAUGCUUAUUCAAUUCCAUAUACAAUUCUGUACCAUGCCUUUGAUAAUAUACUAUAAUAUGACAUGAUACAUGACUUUGAAGCAUCAAUUUGGUAACUUUUGUAAACUUAAAAGAAAUACUGAUAUUGGCAUUGUACUAACUACGCACUGCAGAUAAUAUUUGUGUAUAAAUUCUGAGCUUAAAUUAUUAACUAACUAACAUCUAUUUUGUUUAAUCAAAGAAAUAGGUAACCUAAAUUAGCAAAGCAUAAUACUGAACUGAUAGAUGUAUACUAAUACAUACAUCAAUGCUAAUAGUAGGUACAUCAAUGGUACAUCAAUGCUACAGUAAAUAUAAUUUGAGUCAUAGUAAUAAAGAAAGAUCUCUGUAGUUAUAUCUAUAGUGAUAAGUUUAACAUGUUCUUAAAGGCUAUUAUAUAUUUACAAACAAUAUAAAAUCUAAUAGACAUGGAAAUUCUAUAGAUCCUACUUUCUAAUGCAUCUGUUUUAAAAUCCAAUAUAAAUGUAUAAUUCUGUUAAAUUAUAUAACUACUACGGACUUAAAAUACCAAACAUGCAAGAAACUAUAAAUGUACUUACUCAAUUAAUUUUAAUUUAUAAUUAAAGUUAAGAUAGAUUGUAGAUAAAUAUCUUAAAUUGUAAUUGAUGUCCGGAAUAAAACACAGGGCAUUUUCUAAUUAGUGAUGUCAAUUUUUGUCUAAAAUAUGCGUAGGAAAUACCUACUGAAAAAAAUACAUACUUUACUCCGUAUUUUAAUAAACGUACAUGAUGAUUAUAAAAAA